AUGUCAGAGAAACCAGGGAUUGACUACGAUGGCUAUGGAUUUACGGCCGCUGGCGCGUUCUAUGGGAUGACUGUUCAAGAUAUCUUUAUCCAAGGUUCCGUCUCAGGUAUCAUGUUCUUCAUGUGCGCGUAUGGCUUGUACGUGUUCCUUGAAACCCCCCACCACCUUCGCAAAGGUCGCCUUCCAUACAUCACUCUUUCGCUGUUCCUCCUCAUCAACUCCCUCUUGAAUUCCGCCAUCAAUACCUUCAAGAUUUUCUUUGGGCUAUACAAUCCAAGCAGUGGAACUGAAUUCAUUCUGCAAUGGGAUGAAGAGGAGUGGCCUUGGGCUUCUAUCCUCCAGGGCGUUCUAUGGGUUCUGUACAUCGUCGUUGCUGAUGGGUUGUUGGAGGACCCCGGAAAACCUGGGACGAACCAGGGGCCUAAUCCGGAAAAAAAGCGCCGCCGAAGGCGGCGAGACCUAGAAAAUAAUCCGGAUAAAUACAGACAAAAAGUCGAUUCACCUGGAUCCGUAAUCCGGAAGUAG